AUGUCGCUAUUGUCUGCGCUGGUGCCCUUGCUCCGGGUGUACUGCAUCGGCCUCCGCGUCAUCCUGCACCAGCUGCGCCGCCGCUUCCAGCCGCGCUGCCCCCCGGCCUCAGUGUUUCCUGAGACCUCGGCUCAGACCCGCGCGGGCGCUCCCUCCCUCAGCCCAGUUUUCCCUACACAAAAUGGAAAGGUUGCUAUAGUGACUGGAGGCACUAAAGGAAUUGGUUACCAAACUGUGAAGCAUUUGGCAAGACUUGGCAUGCAUGUGAUAAUAGCUGGAAACAGUGAAAGUGAUGGCCAAGAAGCGGUGAGGAAAAUAAAAGAAGAAACUUUGACUGGAAAAGUGGAGUUUUUAUACUGUGAUUUGGCUUCCAUGAAGUCUAUACGGCAAUUUGUGCAGCAGUUUAGAGCAAAGAAUUGUCCACUCCAUGUCCUGGUGAAUAAUGCUGGGGUGAUGCUGGUCCCUGAAAGGAAGACGGAGGAUGGGUUUGAGGAGCACUUCGGCUUGAACUACUUGGGACACUUCCUGUUGACUAACCUCCUCUUGGAUACGCUGAAGCAAUCAGGAACGCACAGUCACAAUGCUAGGAUCAUCACUGUCUCAUCAGCCACCCAUUAUGUAGGCAAAUUGCACCUAAACGACUUACAAAGCAGAUGUUCGUAUUCACCCCAUGGAGCGUAUGCCCAAAGCAAACUUGCCCUUGUGUUAUUUACCUAUCGACUACAGCAUCUUCUGACUGCAAAUGGAAGCCAUGUGACUGCUAAUGUAGUAGACCCUGGAGUAGUGAAUACUGAGCUCUACAAGCAUGUCUUUUGGGUGGUGAAAAUGGUCAAAUGGAUGACAGCCUGGCUAUUUUUCAAGACCCCAGAGGAAGGAGCCUCUACAACCAUCUAUGCAGCGGUUUCGCCCGAGAUGGAAGGAGCUGGUGGCUGCUACCUUUACAAUGAGGAAAGGACAAAAUCGGCUGACGUAGCAUAUGAUGAAGAGCUGCAGAGAAGGCUCUGGACAGAAAGCUGCAAGAUGGUUGGGAUUUCUGAUGAAGCCAGCAGGCUUCCCUAGAAGAAGCCACUUUCAGCUGGGCAAACGAAAUGCAUUGAAAAGCAUCUUAGGUGAAUUCUUGCACCAUCAGUCAUCAUCCUGGAAAUCACCGUUCAGUCCCAAAGGCAAAUGUGAACAGCUGCUCUUCACCUGAAUCCCUAAUCUGCUAGGGUAUGGGGGGAAUAUUCCCACAGAAAGGUGUAGUGGUUGGUUUUAAAUCUAACCAUCAGUUUUGUAAAUCAUGAUGUUUCAGUCCGUGAUUAAAAUACAAUCUUUAAACAUG